AGAAUAAUGAGCACUCUCUGCCCACCUUAUUUCCCCUCCUCUAAAUAUCUUGUGUAUUUUGCACUAGUUCCCAGAAGUCUACCUUGGCCAGACCUAAUUUAAGCCUCGCCUGGGUCUCUUCCUUGGAAUCUGUCUCCAACACAGAGUCUCCUCUCCACUGCAGGGCAGGAAAUUCUGCUUGGUCUCUUUGCAGGUUGCCAAUGUUCCAGCUGACAGCCACCCCAGCAAGUGCCCUUGCAGAUGAGCCAGUGCACAUCCGAGUGAUGGGCCUGGCCCCACUGCAGGUGGUGACCCUCAUGGCAUCGCUGAAGGAUGAGAAGGGGAAUCUGUUCCAGUCCAGAGCCUUCUACAGGGCUAAUGAGGCUGGUGAGCUGGACCUGGAGCAGGAUCCUGCCUUGGGAGGUGACUUUGUGGGGGUCCAUCCGAUGGGCCUCUUCUGGUCUCUGAAGCCUGAGAAGCCUUUUGGGGGGCUGCUUAAGCUGGAGGUGAUGAACAGCCCCUUUUGGAUCACCCUGGAUCUAUAUGACUCAGUUUAUUUGCAAAAGUCGGGUGUGGUUCAGCCCAGGGCCAGCCUGGAGCUGCAACGCUGGUUCUCCAGCCCUGGGGUGCAGCGGCUGAUGAUCCGAGAAGGGCGGGUGCGAGGAGCCCUUUUCCUGCCUCCAGGGGAAGGCCCUUUCCCAGGAAUCAUCGACUUGUUUGGGGGCAUCGGGGGUCUACUUGAAUAUCGAGCUGGUCUUUUGGCUGCUCAUGGCUUUGCAGCGCUGGCCUUAGCAUAUUUUGCCUAUGACGACCUGCCCAACCAGCUGCAGGAGGUGGACCUGGACUAUUUUGAGGAAGCUGCCAACUUGCUACUGGCUCAUCCCAAGAUCCAAAAGCCAGGAAUUGGAGUGAUCUCUGUGAGCAAAGGUGCAGAGAUUGGGCUGGCCAUGGCCUGCUACCUGAAGCAGGUGGUAGCCACUGUCUGCAUCAAUGGGAGCAAUGCCAUCUUUGAAGUUCCACUCAGGUACCGGGAUCUGGUUUUAACACCCAUUCCCUCAUUUCUGGAACGCAUGGAAGUCAACGCCUCGGGGGCUGUGCGCCUUCGCCACUGCAUGGGGGAUCCCCGAGAUGAACUGAAUCAACAAAGUGUGCUUCCUAUUGAAAAAUCUCAGGGCCAGAUCCUCUUCAUUAUAGGGGAGGAUGAUGAAUGCCUCAAUAGCAGAGACUAUGCUGAGCAGGCCCUGGGCCAGCUCCAAAGUCACGGGAGAAGCAAUGGAAGGAUGCUGCUCUACCCUGGGGCAGGCCACCUCAUAGAGCCGCCCUAUGGGCCCCUGUGCUACGGGUCUAGGACCCGCGGUUUUCCCCUCCCCCUGCUCUGGGGAGGGGACCCUGUUGCUCAUGCAGCAGCCCAGGAGCAUGCCUGGAGAGAGAUCCUGAAAUUCUUCAGGCAACACCUUGUUGGAAGCAGAAGCAAAUUAUGAGUAAGGGGGAUGAUGGAGUGGGGAGGCAAAAAAAAGUGGGAUGUCAUGGAAGAGGAGGCAAUCCUGAUUUUUCCAGAUUCACAGUCAUCUUGAAUCAACUGGGAGGAAAUUGGGCCGAAUCAAUUGAUGAAGUGCAUCUGAAAUAUUUCUGGAAAAAUUGUAUGUGAACUUUUAAAAUUGAUUCUUAGUUUAUAUACACCAGAAUGUGUUACUAUUUCAAAAUUAUUAUAUCCUUCCAAAUUGAAUAACCUUUUGUACCUCAGAUCCAGGCAACCUCGGAUCCAGGUAUUGCCAAUCUAGAUGAAUUUCCUGGAACUGCACAAGUUACUUGUGAAAUCAUUUCUGUUAUUUUGAGUUGAAUUUGACAUUUGAUAUGAAAAGUUCUAAUACUAUCAUCAAGAGUAAUCCUUUCUAUAGAUUCCAGUGUAUACUUCAAUUUUUUUAGAAUAGUGAUGCUUCUUUUUGUCCCUAGAACAUACUUCUCUUUAUAAUUUUAAUGAGGAGUGGGAUUAAAUAGUCAGGUCCCAUUGUAGCAUUUAUGGAAAUUAAAUGAGUAAGUUUAAAGCAGAACAGUACCUGGCACAUAGCAAUUUUUAUAUCAGUGUUAGCUAUUAGCAUUUUCAUGAUUUUCCCCUCCAAUCUGUUAAUGUGAAUUACAUUCAUUAAUGGACUAAUUUUGCUCAUUCAUGUAAUAGAUCAGUUUCUCAUAUUGACUAAUUCUGAUUUUAAAAUUUCUUUUGGCACCAACCUAGUCAUUUAUAAAUGCUCAAAAUUUCACCCCUAUUUUCUGGCCUGUAUUUUUCUCUUAGAAUAUUUUACAUAUCCCCUGUUGCUUUCUCUUUUUCCUUUUCGUCUGACUUGCCAAAUAUUUGUCUGUUUUAUUGAUCUUUUCCUAGAACAGCGUUUGGGUUGUUUAUUGGUCAAAUGUAAUUUUUCCUGAUUCAUCAAUGUCUGUUUCUCUUAAAUAAGCUCAUUCCUUCUGCUAUAUUUUCUUUUUCUAGCUCCUAGAGAUGCAGCGUUCUUAUUUUGUUAAUGUCUAAUUGGUUUCUCAUUUACUUUUUUUUACUCUCUUUUCAUUACCCUCUUUAAAAUUAAAGAGUAAUUUUAUCAAAGUACAGAGUCUCAUCCUCUAGAUAAUUUGCUAGUGAUAAGGUACCUCACUUUGCAAUGGGGGGGGGCAGUCAGAUUGUCACCAUCUGAACCUGAUUAAAAUUUAGCAUCUCUAAAAAUCAUCUACUUGACAUAAUAGGUUUCAUGACCAACUGUAAUGUGGAGUGCCCACCACUACUUAGACCUACGUCUAACAACAAUGUUAAACUUGAAACAAAUCAAGCCGUUAGAUCAAAAUUCUUACUAAUGUUAUGGCUAGUGAACAAGUUAAAUGCUUCUAUAAGGAGACAGUCAAACAUAGAUUGUCAGUCAUUUUAUGACCUGGUCUCUUCACAAGUUAAUUACAAACUGACCUUGUCUCUUUACUCAAGUUAAUUGCAUGAACAAAUUUGGAAUUUUUCACUUUGUGGGAUUUUGUAUUUUUUUUUUUUCUUUUUGCAUUGGCAAGAGCUGGAGGGCUCUUCAAAAUAAAAGGAACGGAAGAGGUAUACCAACAAAAUGCUAUGUAUGGGUGUGGUCUGAACAAGGUAAAAAGGAUUUAAGGGAUAAUGAGAACUUUAAAUCUGAGUAGAUAUUAAAUGAUACUAAAAAAUAUAUUGUUAGGUGCCAAAAUGGCAUUGGGGUUAUAUAAAAAAGUUACUUUUUAGAGAUGCAUUCUGGAAUAUUUAGAGGUGAAGUUCCAAAAUAUCUGGAAAUUGCUUUAAAAUACUAUAGGAAUAUGGCAAAUGUGAAAAAUUGUUACAUCCAGAUGAUGGGUAUAGUAAAGUUUGUUUUCUCUAUUUUUAUGUAUUCUUGCAAAUUUUCAUAACAAAAAGUUUUUUUUUUUUAAAAGGUAGAAUCAAUACAGUUACUUUUCUGCUCAACAGACAAGGACUCUAGCAUAUAUUACAUCUUUGUCUACAUGACACUCCCAUUAAUAUCAGAAUAUUUUUACAAUAAAAUUUAACCUUAAUAGUU